AUGGGUGUUGAUAUUUUGGGUUUUGCUUAUGCUGCCACGGUAGCCGCUGGAGGUAUCAUGGGUUAUGCAAAAGCAGGUUCUGUACCAUCUUUGGGAGCUGGACUCAUAUUUGGAUCAAUUCUAGGUGUUGGUGCAUACCAAUUGUCCCAAGAUCCUUCAAACUACACUCUAAUGUUAGGUACUACUUCAGCUCUUGGCGGCUUGAUGGGAUAUAGAUAUUACAACAGCAGAAAGUUUAUGCCCGCUGGACUCGUUUUCUGUCUUUCCGUUGGUAUGUUAGCUAAACUUGUUAUCAAAAAUGUUGGUACAAAAGCUAUGUCUACGAAAAUUGGAUAA